AUGAGUUCACGUUCACAUGACUAUGGAUCAGACAUGUUAUCAGAUUGGCUGAGUACCACUAAGGAAAAGCAAGACGAGUAUAAAGAGCCAAUACUUGGUGCAAUGAGCAACAAAGUGGAUGAUUUAACGACAUUUGUUUAUAAGAUUUAUAAGGAUACAAGAAUUCGAGCUGAUGUAAUGCCCAUCUGCUUGGAUGUUAUGGAAAUGCUAUAUUUUACAAGACAACUGUGGUUUUACAGGCUGAAAGAAAGAUAUUUCAUCAAUGAAGAGGCUUGCAGAGUAUUUGAAAAACUGAUGAAACAUCCCAAUCAGCAUCCUGAUCUUUGUCAUCAGAAAAACAAAUUAUCAACAUUGUCUGUAUGUUGACAAAAUCCUUAAAGAUAUGUCAGAGAAGUGUGUAAUUCAUACAGAUCAUUUCAAUGCCCUUAUUUAUCUGAUUGAUGACAUUUAUUCGGAUAAAAUGUAAGUGAAAAUGCGAACUAGGUAGGAAC